AAAAAUCAUCAACUAAAUAAGAAUAUAAAGAGGAGAGUUUAAGUUCAUAAAGCCUACUAAUUUCAAAACAUAGCUUUCUAUUUCUAAUUCCCAAGGAUGUGCUUUUUUCUCCACUUGUUCUUAUUUCUGCUUACUCAAUUUCCUUCCUUUACUUUCUCAUUAUGCAGCCAUCAUGAUUCAUAUGCCUUGCUACAGUUCAAAAACUCAUUUGUUGUCAGCAGUGCACCUGCACAAUCGUUUUAUUGUUCAUCCACACCUUCAAAGAUAGAAUCUUGGAAUAACGGUACAGAUUGUUGCGAGUGGGACGGCAUUACGUGCAACAACGUAUCAGGUCACGUGAUGGUUCUCGACCUUAGUUGCAGUCAUCUCAAAGGUAAAUUUUCUCCUAAUAGCACUAUCUUCCACCUCAAGCAACUUCAACAACUCAACUUGGCUUUCAAUGAUUUUUAUGAAUCUUCAAUCUAUCAUGGAAUUGGCGAACUAGUGAAUCUCACACAUCUCAAUUUAUCAUACACUGGAUUCAGUGGUGAUAUUCCCUCAACAAUCUCUCACUUGUCAAAAUUAAUUUCCCUUGAUCUCAGCGGCAGUGUAAGACUCGAUCCAUUCACCUGGACGCGUCUCAUUCUUAAUGCAACUAAUUUAAGACAACUUCAUUUGGACAGUGUAGACAUGUCUUCAAUCAACGGAAGCUCUUUGUCUCAACUAACAAAACUGUCGUCCUCUAUGGUCUCUCUUAGUCUAUCAUCCACUGGAUUGACUGGAAAAUUUCCAACUAACAUCCUCUCUUUACCUAAUCUUGAAGAACUAGAUUUGUCAUCUAAUCAAAACCUUGGUGGUCAACUUCCAAAGUCCAACUGGAGCAAUCCUUUGAGGUAUUUAGACCUCUCUCACACUUCUUUCUCCGGUGGAAUUCCUUAUUCCAUUGGUCAAUUGAAGUCUCUUACUCAAUUAGACCUCACAGAGUGCAAUUUUGAUGAGUUGGUUUCUCCAUCUAUGUGGAACCUCACUCAACUUACAGUCUUGAGUCUUGAAGGAAACAAUUUUCAAGGUGAGAUUUCAUCAUUACUUUCAAACCUCACACACCUCACUUCCUUAUAUCUUGGCGAUAAUAACUUUAGCGGUAAGAUUCCAAAUGUUUUUGAAAAUUUAAUCAACUUAGAAUAUGUAGCACUUUCUGAUAACAACCUAAGUGGCCAAGUUCCACCAUCAUUGUUUAAUCUGACUCUUCUUUGGCAUAUAGAUUUAUCGUUUAACAAAUUAGUAGGCCCCAUUCCAACAGAAAUCGCUAAACAUUCAAAACUAUAUCGUAUAGCUUUAGGUAAUAACAUGUUAAAUGGAACAAUUCCGCACUGGUGUUAUUCCUUGCCUUCAUUGGAUAUGUUGGAUCUCUAUGACAACAACCUAACAGGUCCAAUUGGUGAAUUCUCAAGUUAUUCUUUGAGAUAUCUAUUUCUCUCAGAUAACAACCUACAAGGUGAUUUUCCAAAUUCAAUUUAUAAACUUCAAAAUCUAGUUCAGUUAGGUUUGUCAUCAACCAACUUGAGUGGUGUUGUGGACUUUCGCAGAUUUUCAAAUUUUACAAAACUAAGUUUUCUUGAUCUUUCCCACAAUAGUUUUCUUUUUAUCAACAUCGAUGGUGGUGUUGACUCCAUCUUACCCAACCUUGCGGUAUUAUACUUAUCUUCUUGUAAUAUUAAUAGUUUUCCUAAAUUCUUAGCUCAAGUUCAAAAUCUAGGAGAGUUAGAUCUCUCUUAUAGCAAAAUUCAAGGGAAAGUUCCGAAAUGGUUUCAUGAGAGUCUCUUACACACAUGGAAGGAAAUUCAACAUAUUGAUCUUAGUUUUAACAAGUUGCAAGGAGAACUUCCAAUUCCACCCUAUGGAAUUCAAUACUUUUUACUCUCAAAUAACAACUUCACUGGAGAUAUUGCUUUGUCAUUAUGCAAUGCAAGUUCUAUGAAUAUUCUCAAUUUGGCUCACAACAAGUUAACAGGCAUGAUUCCACAAUGCUUGGGAACAUUUCCUUCUCUUUCUGUAUUGGAUAUGCAAAUGAACAAUCUCCAUGGAAGUAUGCCUAGAAACUUUUCCAAAGGAAAUGCAUUUGAGACUAUAAAAUUGAAUGGCAAUCAAUUGGAAGGACCAUUACCACAUUCUUUGACUCACUGCACAAAACUCGAAGUGUUGGACCUAGGAGACAACAAUAUAGAGGAUAAAUUUCCCAAUUGGCUAGCAACUCUACAAGAGUUACAGGUACUCCGUUUACGAUCAAAUAGUCUUUAUGGUGCAAUCACAUGUUCUAGAUUCAAGCAUCCAUUUCCAAAUUUGAGAAUUUAUGAUGUGUCUGGUAACAAUUUUAGUGGCCCCUUGCCAACAUCGUGCCUCAAGAACUUUCAAGGAAUGAUGAAUCUGAAUGACAGUAAAAUUGGUUUGCAAUACAUGGGUAAGGCCAGUUACUAUAACGAUUCCGUGGUGGUCAUUGUGAAAGGUCUUUCUUUGGAGCUAAUGAGAAUAUUGACUACUUUCACAACUAUUGAUUUAUCAAAUAACAUGUUUGAAGGAGAAAUUCCACAACUCAUUGGAGAAUUACAUUCUCUCAAAGGCCUUAACCUUUCAAACAAUGGAAUCACAGGUACCAUUCCACAAUCUUUGAGUAGUUUGAGAAAUUUGGAGUGGUUGGACCUCUCACGGAACCAGUUGACGGGUGAGAUUCCUGCGUCUCUGACAAAUUUGAACUUUCUCUCGUUCUUGAACCUUUCACAAAACCUUUUGGAGGGAAUCAUACCUACAGGUAACCAAUUUAAUACGUUUGGAAAUGAUUCCUACGAGGGAAAUGCAAUGUUGUGUGGAUAUGCGUUGUCAAAAUCAUACAGAAAUGAUGAAGAAAAGUCACCAUAUUCAACAUGUAAUGAUGAAGAGGAAUCAGGAUUUGGUUGGAAAGCGGUAGUAAUAGGAUAUGGAUGUGGAUCAGUACUUGGAAUGCUCUUGGGAUAUAAUGUGUUCUUAAAUGGAAAACCUCAAUGGCUUGUGAGGCUUGUUGAACACAUGUUUAACAUAAGACUGAAGAGAACACACAACAAAGCUGGUGCAAAUCGCAGAAGAAUACGUUAGUUUCAUGUGAUGUUGUUUAAUUUUCUACUUCACUGUUUUAGUAAUGUUAGUAUAUUAUAUGUGUUUCAAUAAGGACUUGAUAGUCAUGGUAGUACCUACGCUAUUAUUUUGUUGUCAAAUGUGGUUAUUAUUAUGAGAAAUGAUAUUCUACCACAAAUUUUGACAUUUGAUCCUGAUAUCAUAUGACAUUGUUCGAAAACAUAAACACACAGAAGCCUUCUAGCUUGUGGAAGCCCUAUCUUUGUUUGUGUGUUUAGAGAAUUCAAGAUGAUGUUAACAAAAACAUUUUAAAAAUUACUAUACGCACAAUAACAAAUCCAAGAUGCUUAUAAUAUUUGAUUAGUGUGUUUAGAGAAUUUUUAUGUUUGAAAACGGUUUUUA